UGACUAAUAACUUUAUUUAUACAGAAGAUAAUAUAUUAAUUUCCUCUAAAACCUUUUCAUCUUCUGUUUUGGGUAGCUUUCCAAUUGCUUAAGUGCGUAAGAUUUUUCACCUCAGCAGUGCUAUCGGCUUGGAUAUAGCUUUUUAAUAUAGCUUCAGUCAAAUUUAUAAUUUUUCAACCAAUUUCAUACACUUAAUUUAAUGAGGUAUGGUUAUGAAAAACCUCGUGUGGAAUUCGAAGGGGAUUACAUCGAAGGAAACUCAAUUUCAUUCUCUCUGUUAUUUAUUUAUCUAUGCAGAACACCACAGCCUCAGUUAUUUGCCAGUCUUGUUACGGAACACUUUAGUAGUCGAACAUGAGUGGUGACAGUUCAUCUCCGCAGAAACCAGUCAACAGAGGAAGUCAUAGAUUGCGGAAUUUGAUUGUGAGCGAUAGUGAGUCUUCAUCUGCAUCUUCACAAGGUUCAAUGGCCAGACCAUCACGUAAGCAACGAAGAAAAGGAUCUCUGUACGAGACCCGCAUUCGUACACGACUCCUCGUCACAAUUCGACAUAUCUCCCGGAAAAAUGGGUGA